AUGUACGGCACAACACUCCCGUACCUCGUCACAGACGAUGAUCGCGAGAAAUUUCGCAUCGGUGGCAAGGCUUUGACGCCAGAAAAGAUUCAAGAAGUCUUUGAAUUGGUCCGCGCUGACGACCACGACUUUUUCAUUGAGGCAUUUACUCUCACACAGGCGAUAGACCCAACCACGGGGGACUCGCUACUGCAUGUAGCCGUCCGGGCAGGGUCCAUGGACGGCGUGGUCAAGCUGAUGGAAAGGUUCGACCGCGCAAGGAGACCCAGACCCCCGCGGCCGUUCUAUACCUGGGCGUACCAUGCCUUCAUUGCCCAUCAGAACUAUAAUGGCGAUACUGUCUUCCAUGUUGCUGCGCGUAACGGCAACCUCUUACUCAUGAAAAUGAUAUACCGCUACAUAGAUCCCCACUGGUCAGCAGUCUGCCCGGAAGAUGACUCGGAUGCCCCUGAGGAAGAUGUGUAUCCCAUCACUGUCGACGAAGAGUACUCUACGCCUCGUCUGAUGCUGCUUCUUACCAAGAACCGUGCCGGUCGUGAUAUUAUCGCCGAGGCUCGUCUUGUAGGAAACGAUGGGUUGGCUGACUGGUUGGAUGCCAUUGUAGAUAGGCUGGACCCUAAGCGCGAUAGACGCACCGAGGAGGGUAUCGCAGAAAUGACGGCUAAAGUGAGGCAAUGGUUCUGGUAUGACAUGAUGAGCGAAAGACAACAAAAGCAGUUGAAGUCAAAUGAGUGA